UUUCUCUCGCUGUGAUACUCGAAAAGACAAACCGUAGCAACUAGCAACUGAAGGCGUCCUUGACCCCAGAGUCAUCAUCGCCAUUCACCAACAUCGGAUAUCUCUUCUUCCUCCCACUCUUCGUCCGUCUUCAAUCAACUCACUACACUCCGCUUCGAUCUGAGGCAAAUUAUCUACACUUUAGUCUCAAUGAACAUCAAAUUUCUCUUCCUCCUCCCCCUCUUCACUUCGCUUCCCCAUCAACACCGACAUCUUUAAGUCCGAUCAAUAUAGACCUUAUUCUCCCCUUUCCUAUCUUCUCGUUCCUUCUUCUUCUACAAUCGUCAAUGGCGGAUGACGAACGGCUCCAAGAUCUCCCACAAGUUCUUGUUCUCGGUCCUCCAACUACCUUCCCACUCAUCCAAUCACUUUGCUCUCACAAGUUCCAUUUCCUUAACCCCGAAACCUCUUCUCUGCCGCUGCACCAAUUUCUCGCCUCCGACAACCGUGACCCUUCAUCCAUUCGCGCCAUUCUUUGCUCCCCCAGAUCUCGCGUCUCUGGCGAGGUCCUUCAGCUACUUCCUUCCGUCGGCCUUGUCCUCACCACCAGCGUCGGAUUGGACCAUAUUGAGUUGGCCGAGUGCCGCCGUCGUGGAAUCCAGGUCGCUGGCGCGGGGACAGUGUUCACGGAGGAUGUCGCCGAUAUGGCGGUAGGUUUGCUGAUCGACGUUGGUGUAAAGAUUUCGGCGGCCAGUCGGCACGUACGGUCUCGGGUUGGGUCUGGCGCUGGCGCGUUCAAUUUUCCCACAGGCUUCAAGUUAAGAGGCAAGCGAGUUGGGAUUGUGGGCCUGGGAAACAUAGGCACGGAAACAGCAAAACGGCUUGAAGCAUUUGGUUGCAUCAUAUCGUACACCUCAAAGAACAAGAAGCCAUCCGUAUCAUACCCUUUCUAUGAAACUAUAUUGGAGCUGGCAUCAGUCUGUGACGCACUUAUCCUCUGUUGUGCUCUCAACCAAGAGACGAGGCAUAUGGUGAAUAGGGAAGUGAUGAUGGCGAUGGGAAAAGAAGGAAUCAUUGUGAACGUUGGAAGAGGGAGCCUCAUAGAUGAGAAGGAAUUGGUGAAGUGUUUGGUGGGAAGGGAGAUUGGAGGAGCUGGUUUGGAUGUGUUUGAGAAUGAGCCUCAUGUUCCUCCACAGCUUUUUGAAUUGGAUAAUGUGGUUCUGUCUCCUCAUGCUGCCGUCUUCACUUUUGAAUCCACAAGGGCUAUUUCUGAACUCAUGACUGCAAAUUUGGAGGCCUUUUUCUCAAAUAGCCCUCUACUUUCUCCAGCCAUUUAGUGCAUUGUUUAAUUGAACUUGUUUAAUUUGCUGUGGAAAACACCAAUGGACUUCUCAACUGUAUUGUGAAGAUCUCUGUGUUCAUAUAUACGUCUCUACUUGCCGACUCAGGUGAUACUUGA